AUGUCAUCUAGAGAAAUACAAUAUAUUACUUGCUAUGACAAGUUCAGAGUACUUAAACUCCCUUACAAUUAUUCAUAUGAAAAUGCUCGUGCUCGUUCUCCAAGAUUUUCUAUGUAUAUGAUUUUACCUGAGCGACAGUAUGGGCUUGGUCAACUGAUAGCUAAGGUGAGUUCUAAUCCCACUGGUUUUCUGCAAAAGUAUGUCACUGACAAUCAUAGUUUGGUUCCAACUGGAGAAUUCAAGGUUCCGAAGUUCAAAAUCCUUUUUGAUUUUGAAGCACAAAGAGUACUCAAGGAAUUAGGUUUAGUUUUGCCUUUUGAUCCAUCCAAAGCAGAGCUUACGGAGAUGGUGAAUAUUGAAGGUUCCUGUAAGCUUCAUGUUUCGAAAUUUUUUCACAAGUGUUUUGUUGAAGUCGAUGAAGAAGGAACCGAAGCUUCUGCUUCUACUGCUUUUGUGGUAGCGUCUUGGUCCCACGGGCCUCCAAGAGUUACACAACCUCGUGUCGAUUUUGUGGCAGAUCAUCCUUUCAUGUUCAUUAUACGAGAGGAUCAAAGUGGUGUGGUGUUGUUCAUAGGACAUGUCCUUAAUCCUUUGUUAGAUUUGUGA